UUCAACAUACAAUGGAGCUAUAACCUUAAAAAUUCUGGUCCAUAGAAUUUUCCGAACACCAUCUGUCCCAAAGAAAUAUAUAAUUAAAUAAUUUAAUUUGCAUUGAAUUAUACGUAAACAUGGUGUUCCAAUCGUUGAUGUUACUCGCGAGAAAUAAAGGACCUGACGAAUUUUGGAGGAAAAGAAAAAUUUUCAGAAUCGCUGCUCACUUCAUAGGCCGUCGUAGAAAUUGCUACAGUAUUGCUAUUCGCAAUGUUCACCGUGCUCUGGUGUAUUCUUCCAAAGGACGUGCACUGAAGAAAGCUGAUAUGCGUGCGCUAUGGGAAACAAGGCUCCACGCAGCUUCUGAGGAGCAUGGUAUAUCACGUUACAUUUUACAUGAAGGAUUAAUGAGAUCUAAUAUCUUACUGAAUCGGAAGACUCUUAUGGACUUAGCAGUUUGGGAACCCCGAACUUUCAAGGCGCUUUCAAUUAUUGCUUUAGCUAGAACAAAGCAAGAUGGUUUAAACUCUGUUCAACAUCUAGAUAUGCCUGAUGGCAUAAUUACAAGAGGAAUGUUAAAAUGAAGUAGGCUAUAUGAAUGAAAUAAGUAUGAAAAAAUAUGACACGUGUGUCGCUCACUUAUUAACAUUA